GGGUAACCUUUUCGGUGAAAUCCCCAUCUCUCCACUUCUCCAGAUCCGCCCACGAACGGAGACGCCUUCCCGGCCUCAGCAACUGCCCCCCACCAACCACAGCCAGGAAACAGAAGCGGAGCCCUGUUCUCUCUGUGUCUCCCGGCCCCCUUCUGGCCUUCUCAUAAAGGACGAGGCCGCCGUACGUGCUCCACACGCUCCUCACUCCUCAGGCCUCACUCCCGUAGCUCGAGCUGUUCGUGGCGGACAGAGAGCGUGAGCCAUCACCGCACGGCCUGGAAAGGGGCAGAGGAAGAAGAGGAGGAGGAAGAAGAGCGAGAUGGCCAGGGCCGGGCUUGGCGUGAAGGCGACGCCAUUCACGUACGCGGCGCACGCGCUGGCCGCGGUGGCGGCGGUGCUGGUGCUGGUGUGGUGCGUCCACUUCCGAGGCGGCCUCGCGCUCGAGGCCCCCAACAAGAACCUCAUCUUCAACGUUCACCCUGUCCUUAUGCUGAUUGGCUACAUUAUCCUCGGCAGUGAAGCCAUUAUGAUCUACAAGGUGUUCCCAAACCUGAACCACGACACAGCCAAGCUGACGCACCUGAUCCUCCACGCCAUCGCGACUGUCCUCGGCGCCUUCGGGAUCUACUGCGCGUUCAAGUUCCACAACGACAGCGGGAUCGCCAAUCUCUACAGCCUGCACUCCUGGCUCGGGAUCGGAACCAUCUCCCUCUACGGGAUUCAGUGGGUGUUCGGGUUCGUGACCUUCUUCUUCCCCGGCGCGGCGCCGAGCCUGAGACGCAGCGCGCUGCCGUGGCACGCGCUGUUCGGGCUCUUCGUCUACGUGCUGGCGGUGAUGACCGCGGAGCUCGGGUUCCUGGAGAAGCUCACCUUCCUGGAGAGCGGGGGCCUCGACAAGUACGGCGCCGAGGCAUUCCUGGUGAACUUCACGGCGCUCGUCGUCGUGCUGUUCGGCGCCUCGGUCGUCGUCGCCGCCGUCGCGCCGGCGCACGUCGAGGAACCGCAGGGCUACGCUCCGAUCCCCGUCAACUAAAGGGAACGUUUACUGAAGGGAAAUAUUCAGAAGAGUGCCGCUGUGUUCGGUUUGAAGUCUGAACCAUGCCAUCAGGCUUCCGGCUUCCGGCUUCAGUCUGAAAUGACAUCCGGAUUUAUUUGUAAAUCUGGAGUACUUGGUAUGAACGUUCUUCUUAUUUUCUUUCUUUCUUUCUUUCUUUGACUGAGAUGAUAAUUUGAACACUCUUCUGGUCCUCGGGUGUAGUAGCAAAUGCAAUAAGACCUCUCUCGUUUUCAUGCA